GCCACAGAACCUGUAUGGCUAAUGAAUUAUUGAAGGUAUAUGUUUUUAGAGAGUGGAGAUGUUACCUGAGAGCCCUUGUCCUAUUUUCGAGGCACUUUUGGACACAGUCCUGUGCUGUUUUCAAUCACCAUGAUGACGAGGAUGGUGCCAAUGGUGCAGGUUGAUAAGAUGCGUGUGUGUGCAGAUGCAUCUCGUGAAGGCUUCGGUUCCAAGCCAAGUUUUUGCCUUGUGGAAACCUGGGUCGCUUUUAUUCUCCGCUCAGGGGUCCUUUGACAGAAGGCGGCAGGGGGAUGCGUAGCAGCUGGAGGUGGCAGUUCUCCAGGGCCAUGCGUCUGCUCCUGCGCUGGUGCCGUCUGUGCCCCAGGAGAGGGGUCGGCGGUGCCUCCAAGCCUAAGAGGAAGCUCCAGGAACUGUGGAGCUACUUCAAGCUGCUCCUCAAGUCACUAUAUUUCAACAGCCUGUCCAACUCUGACACCCUCCUGGACUGUGUGUUUGAGCCUGUGUACUGGAUAGUGGACCAUGUCACUCGCUGGUUUGGUGUGGUAUUUGUAACGUUGGUGAUUCUCCUCACUGGCUCCGUCCUGGUCAUUGUCUACCUCUUUGUGUUGCCCAUCAUCCUUAGCACCUACCCUCUCCAGUGGAUUGUCUGGCACCUGAGUUAUGGCCACUGGAUCCUCACCAUGGUCCUCUUCCACUAUUACAAGGCCACCACUACCUCUGCAGGACACCCUCCUAAGGAGAAGACUGACAUCCCAUCAGUGUCUAUCUGUAAGAAAUGCAUCGUUCCCAAGCCAGCUAGGACCCACCACUGUAGCAUCUGCAACACGUGUGUUCUGAAGAUGGACCACCACUGCCCCUGGCUAAACAACUGUGUGGGGCACUUCAACCAUCGCUACUUCUUCUGUUUCUGCUUGUACAUGACACUAGGUUGUAUGUACUGCAGCGUCAGCUGCAAAGAAAUGUUCAUAGAGGCUUACAAUGCUGUGGAGAGCUACUACCAGACCCCGCCCCCUCCUUACAGCUUCAGGGAGAGGCUUGUUCACAAGUGUGUCAUCUUUGUCUGGGUGCUAACCAGCUCGGUGGCAGUAGCCCUGGGGGGGCUGACCCUGUGGCAUGCCAUCCUCAUCACCCACGGAGAGACCAGCAUCGAGAGACACAUCAACCGCAAAGAGGCCAAACGCCUGAAGGAGAGCGGGAAGGUGUUCAAAAAUCCUUACCACCAUGGCAGACUAAACAACUGGAAGGUGCUGUUAGGAGUGGAGAAGACAAGUCAUUGGCUCACCCGGGUCCUCCUGCCAUCCAGCCAUCCUCCCCAUGAAGAUGGCAUUGUAUGGGAUUACACUCCUAUGAGGAAAGACCCCAUGGCCAUCUGACCCCCUACAUGACCUCUCCUAUCAGACUCUGUACCCACCCUUACUCUCUGGACAGCUGCUGGUCAGCCUUGGAGGCCCACACCCUCUCAGCCUCAUGUUCCUCUUUCGGGCCCCAACAGGGAGGCCCGCUGUGGGGUAACCUAGGACUCUGCCCCCUGGGCACAUCAUGGUUUUAUUCUUUGCACUCCUCUGACUAUCGUCACGUCAAUGUGAAACCACAGGUCCUGUCUUUUCAACUAUUGUAAGUCUGUGUUGGUGGAAUCUUGACCCUUUUCAGGGUUUGUUUUUUGUACUGGUUAGACCAUUGACAAUGUAACGUGUUUUAAAAUGUACUGAGUAGACAAAAUGUGUUGUUUUUGACAGAAGGGUGCCAAAGAAGAGCUUUAUCUACAAGGCCUUAGUUAAACAGGAUGACCCAUUGGAUUGACUUAACCAUUAAUACAUAGCUUAGAGGUUUACUGACUAGAGAUGAUGAGUUUACAGUAGUUUUUUGGUGCUGCUGUAAUCAAACAAGAUCUUUGAUAUGUGCUUUUUGUCAUCAGAGAUUGGUUUCAGUUGAAUAUUGGCACUAUUGAUAAGUUUUAUUGAAUUAGUCUUAGACUUUUUGGAAAAUUAUGUACUCAUUGCUAGUGUAACUUAAUUUAUGUCUUAACCUUAACAUGUCUAUGUACUGCAGCCAGCACAAAAGAAAACCUCUGAGCAUCACUAGGCAAUUUGUUGAAUUAUGGGCAUACGCAGUCAAACUUGCCAUAAUGAUGGUUAAGGUUGCCAUAGUGAUGGAUAGUGAUGGACAGCUGUGACCUGAUCAAAAGGAGCUGUGCUCCGUUGUUUGACUCUGCAUAUGUUAUCAUUGCUUUUAUAAACAUAUUUGAUAUCUUAAGUUUUCUUACAACUUUUUACAUUUCCCAUGUCAUUUUUAUAAAAAGAAUCAACCACAAUUUAUACAAUUACAAACAAUGUUUUAUUGACAGGUUAACUUAAAAGAUAUUUAAAUAUUGUCCACAUAUAUCCUUGGCAUAGGUUUUUGUGAAGUUCGGACCUUGGGACCAGUGAGACUGAAAGACAACGAACAACCCUUGACCACCUACAAACAUCUUUUGUUCUUAAAUUCAGAAUACAAGUCUCAAGGUUUCUGUAAAAAGGGAUUCCUUUGACAACUAUAAUCAAGGCUUUUGUUACAGGAAGUCAUCCAAUGAACAAUUGUAAAUAGUGCACCACUUUGGAUGAUUGGCAAGUUCGUAGUGGCAUUCAUUCUGCGUCAUCUUAAUUCUAAACAUAACGUCUUCAAUAUGGUUAGAUAUUCAAAUCAAGUUAAAAUGAACUUAGAGCUUUUGAACCGGUUCGGACCUCAGGAUAUACACACUGUUCAUAAAUCAUCUACCCAAUCACACAUUCAGCCAUAUGAGAAACACAUCUGUGUAAAUCAAUACAUUUCCUUUUCCUUUAAAUCACACAUUUACCUAAACAACACCCAAUCCUGCCCUUUCCCCAAAGAGAGGCUGCUGUGUCAGUGCCCUGCUUGGUUCAGUGCAGCUCCUAGUCUGAGGUCGAGCUGGCCAUCAUGCCGCCCUGCAUGUCCAGGCCAAUCAGAGCUCACCGAGGUC